AUGCAGAUGCACAUCUAUGGUAUUGAUUAUAACGCUACCAAGCAUGAGGUAAAGAAAGCAAUUGCAGAUGCGCUCCAUGACGAGUAUUUCUUCGACGCUAUGGAUCCCAGCACCCGACAAAUCAACUUCAAAGUGACGCUUGAAAUGGACGACGCCCGCGGUCUGCGCAACACCGGCCAAGGAACACUGAUGUUGCCCAGUUUGCGAUCAUACAACCUGUAUAACCGGUUCAAGAGAUGGCUCGCAAUAGACAGCAACGAGAUCAUUGUUCAUAAUCGUCCUCUUCGCUUUCGCCGCAGUGAGGCUGACGCCCGACGCACCGAUGCGGAUUACCUCAAACAUGAGGGAGCUCGCGAGGAGAAGGUAGAUGCCGUGAGGGAACACAUCCGUGCAGACCGAGUCCAAUUCGGGGUGCUGUUCUAUCCCUCGGGGACAGGACCCCGCGAUCUCGCCUUCUCAUCAGAAUGGGAGUACCGCCGUAAGCAUCUCGUACAGCCAUGGAUAGUAGUGGACUACGACAACAAGAAGGUCCGGAUUGAGCUCGGCGAUUUUAGUGCAGGAAAUCUGGAAGCAUAUAUUAUCAUCAAUUUUGCCGAAAUCGAAAAGAUCGGAGUAGGGCAUGAUUUCGGUAACGUUUUGAUGCAGUUCGCAACCCACCUUCGGUUGAUAUUUCCCAAUGAGCAAGAGCUCCAACAUUUCAGGCACCACUGUCAAGUGGUAGGCCUGCCGACAUUUAGCGCAAGAUUAGAGGCAAUUACAACCAGCUUUUUCUCGCGAGACAAACUGCAAAGGAUGCGUAUGUGGAUGCGCGGGUUCAACCACGACUGGCCUUUUGCUUUCCAGCUCAACGCGCUGCUCCUUAACGGACAACUCAACACGGAGGAACUCAGGCAACUUCGACCCCACAUCGAGGAGUUACAUAAAACGAUGCCGCACCAGGCAGCAGACAUCUUGAGGUACUUCAGACUGGCCUUGUCUUCUGAUCGUACCCUUAAUAGCAACCCUGAACAAUGUCUCGCGCGGGUCGCAGGCGAACGUGUCUCGCUUUUCGACCAUCGUAACCCCAGAAGUGUUUUCUUUGCCUGCCAGCACGUCACGUUUACCCCUACGCGCAUGAUCCUGGAAGGCCCAACACGUGUGCAAUCAAACAGUGUUAUCCGCAAGUACUGGCCACACAGAGACCAUUUCAUCCGCGUCAACUUCCUCGAUGAGAAUUUGUCUCAGUAUCGUUUCGACAGGGAAGUCGACGGUCCAGCGUUCCUGCACGAUCAUGUUGGUAACGUCCUCAAAGGCGGGUUCGAGGUGGCUGGCAGUCCUUUCGACUAUUCUCCAGACUCAGAGAUGCAACCGGCGGUUCGCAUGACCGCGGACCGAAUUCGAGGUGCUCUGGGCGAUCUGUCGGAGAUCAAGAUUCCUGCGAAGUACGCCGCUCGCAUAGGUCAAGCGUUCACCUCCACUAUGUGCUCCAUGCCGAUUUCCAGAGACCAGUGGGAGGAGAUCGACGAGAUUUGGGAGGACAGGGAGAAUCCGCGGUCGCAUACCGACGGGGUGGGAAGACUUUCGCAGGCAUUGAUGGAUCGUAUCUGGGAUAUCGUCUGCAAUCUAUAUCCUGACUACGGUGUUUACGGAGUGAAACCAUCUGCUGUACAAUUCCGUUUUCUCGGUAAGAGCUUCAACACUAUUGUGCAAAAGAUAACUCAUUCGUCCUCACCGCUAGGGUACAAGGGCGUGUUAGCGGUGGACCCUCAACUUUCGGGGGAGAGAAUAUGCUUCAGACCCGAGAUGAGGAAGUUUAAACCACUGAUCUGCCCAUAUUGUCGGGAGGGCAAUUUGGAUUUCUGCCCGCAUGAGAAUGACCAGAACCUUCAUAUUGCAGAUAUUUUCGACAGCCCGAAGCGGGCCUACUUGACCCGAGACUUGGUUUCAAUUCUAGAAGAUCGCGGCGUGCACCUCAAAGCAUUCAUGGAUCUCCAGCAGGAAGCGAAGAUGAAGACGUAUCAGGCACGGGACUCUGUAACUCAAUUCAUAGAUAUCCUGCAGACGCAUCACAUGGGAUUCCAAUUCCGCCUCCCUCGAUUGUUGGAACGACUGGACAGCCUGGGUGUUGAUGCUACCAGGGACCAAAAAGCGGAUGACUUCACGCGACGCGUACGAGAACACGCUAUCCAACACGUUCUAUGCGACAUGAAAAACAGAGCUCGCAUCCCGGUACCCCGCUCGUAUCUCUUGGUGGGUGUUGCGGACGAAGGACCGGCGUACACGAAGCAAGGCUAUGAGAAUGUGUUUCAGCUUGGUGCAAAUCAGAUAUUCGGUCCGUACAUCUUGUAUACUUGCUCCCAAGUGCUGACAGCGAGGCGUGGGCAUCAUGAUUUCUUGCAGCCUGCAUUCAACAAAGUCCAGAUGCAGAACCACAGUGGCUCAGUGGCAAUUGUAUUAUUACGAGGAGCCCUCAGGUACAUCCUGGUGAUGGUACGCGGUGCAUCGUCAUGGUAUUUCUCAUACAGAGAGCUAACCGUAUUCCUCAGUGCAGCGCGUUGUUGCUAUUGGGAGACCAUCCCUAACAGAAGGGCAGAUUUGCCUAUUCGAUCAUAUGAAGAACGUAGUUGUGCUUCCUUCCGUUGUGAUCUGUACUAUGUCUUUCAAUAUUACCAGCUGCUUCCUACAAUACACAUUGCACCAGCGUCGUACAAUGAUAUCAAGCCCCCUGGCCGGCCCUUUGACUGGACUGAUGUCUGUGACUUCAUCACAGAGUAUAUGCACUCAGAUGCGCUGCACGGCAGCCAUGACCCGCGCUGCAUGAGGCUUGCAGAGCUAUGUAGUGACGCAGUUGACUACCCAAAGACAGGGCGACCGGUCGACAUGCGCACGGCGCCUGGCAAGUUAAUGCAGUACAACCCUGACUGGUAUGCCGAUGAAGAUACGAAUGCCAAUCCGUUGGCGGACUCGUACCAGUCCGACCGCGUACUCGGACACCUUUAUCGCGGUAUCAAGCUCGGCGUUAUCGAGCCAUCUGAACGUACUCCGGGUAUCUCCCCUGAAAUUUCGUUGUCGACACAGCGCCUCAAUGACAGCACGUCGAGGGUAAUUUUGCCGCUGGUCCGGGGUCAUCUGGAUGGAAUACCUGCUGCUCUCACGGGCUAUCAAGACGUCCUUCCCACGUUCAAGGUGUAUCUCGCCGAGCUCCGAUGCAUCGCAUUCACGCACUCGCUGUCGCUAAAGGCAGGAUCAUUCAUUACAGAGGAGGAGAUUGUCCUCGGCGUCAUACUCAUGACGAGCUCGGAACGUCGUAUGAAGAAAGACAGGACAUACCGGAUGCGCGAUGACACAACCGAUCUUGUGCAGCAGAUCCGUCGUAGCUUGCUGUCCAUUUCUGGAGACACACCUUCGGUGGAUGAACUACGGGCAGGGCUAAGGAAAGCGUGGGCGGCAUGGGGACUAAGCGUACAGAAUCGCAAGCUAUACGGGGCUCAUAGCUUUGGCUUCAUAGCCUUAGGGGUGAUCUUCGACUGUUUGGACAAGCUGGCUGCCACUACCGCAUGA